AUGGCACAACGUCUCCCGCCGUCAUUCGUUGCUAAGAAGCAAAAGAUCUUAGAGCAGUUGGCUAUCCCAGCAGAGGAGUACGAUGACCUGUCCCCCAAAGGCUCAAUCGAUGAAGGAAUUCUGGAUUUGAUACACGAGAUCAAUGCUCUUGACGGAUGUGUGACUACGAGUAGUUGUGCUGGAAGGAUAAGUGUCUUUCUUGAAGGCAAAAAGAAAUCUGCAUCUUUUAAAGUCGAGAAUGGGAUCGAGGAGGGAGAAAGAAUAGGGGUUACCUUGAAGGGAGCUGGUGUUGGAGGUAAAGGUGGCGGUGGGAGGUGGCUGUUCGUUUCUCACGAUCCUGUGGAUACUUCAAACCAUUAUGGUGCAUGGAAAGACUUGUUUGGGAUGCAAAACGAAGAUAUUGAAGGAAAGGAACUGUUGUCAUUAGGUGCUGCACGGGAUAUCAGGUUUAUACAUUUCAAGUUUGAACCUAUGAUCCUUCACGUCCUCACAGCAUCUCUACAGCAGGCACAGAAUGUCAUCUCCGCUGCCUUACAAGCAGGCUUUCGAGAGAGCGGGGCCUUGAAUCUCACUUCAUCAUCCCCAGAACCGGCAACGCCAAUGAUUGGUAUUCGCUCUAUGGGCUUGGCUCUUGAAUCUGUGAUCGGAUUUGAAAGUGGAGGCAAGGAGUUUUGUAUGGUACCAGAGUAUCAGCUGCGGAAUCUUGUAGAGGUUUCGAAUGAUCGAUUCAAGGAGAACACCAAGAGAAUCGAGAGAUUCCAAUCCUUGCUGCCGGAGAUAGGCAGCGGAGCACAGGAGAAGAGAAGCAAGCAAGGAGAAGGAUGGGAAGAUACUCAGGUUCGGAGUGAAAGAAAAAAAGCUGAAGGUCUGAAGAAGGCUCAAAGGAUGAAGCAGUCUGCUCACCAAGAGACCAAGAUUCCCGAAGAGGUCCCUGGUGUUGGUUUCUUGGAACAAAAUACAUAAGAACUUCCGC